AUUCAUGUUCCCGUGCGCGGGCAGGAGCUCAGAAGCUAGCCGAUGGCUAGCUAGCAAUUUAUCACAAAUGGACAACGUUUUCGCUAGCCGAGAGCAUGUUAUAGGAUCCAAAUAAACGUACACGUGAAAUUAAAAUACUUGUGUGAGUGAUUACGGAUGGGCGGGUAGCCGUGGGUAAUUGUCGCCCAUUUUAAUGCACCGCAAACCCAAUUUUCUUCCGGCCUUCAGAGCCACAGCACCCGAACAAGAGAGCAUCCGAGCACCGUUUGCGGAUGUAGGGAAUGGACCCAGGUCAAUGUUAUUUGGAGGAGUAACCGGCAGCUAACCUACGGCAGACUUGUAUUCCUCGGGGAUACUAACAGGUUUUACUGGACGUACCAGGCCACAGAUGACAUGAAAGACCAGGAUGAUCUGAGUCUGAUAGCCACGCAGCCGUGCUCAUCUGCAUUACGCUGAAUUCUAUGUCACAGCCCCUUCAUCAAGCACCCACGCCAGUUCUUCUCGCCACUUUCUAUAAUGGAUUGGGCCACACCAGCUGCCAAACUGAAUCCCUACACCCGGGCCCGCAUGUCAGAGGCCUGGCAGCAGCAUGCGGCCGCUCCACCUCCGGUCGUCCACACCAUCCCCCCGGGGGCAGAGAGCGCCCUCGGCUGUGCAGUGUAUGGCAUUGUGCUGCAGCAGGACGCCACGUCUUUGCAGCAGCAGGCCCAGCAUGGGCAGCACAGCCAGCAACACGGCGGGACUCCGCAGCACAGAGGCGGGCAGCAUGGUCAGCAGCAGCACCCUGCCCAGGCCCAGCAGCCCUCCCUGCAGGUAGGGGCAGAGGGAGGACACAAGUGCGGGGCCUGUGGACACGACAUUUCCCACCUGGCCAACCCGCACGAGCACCAGUGCAUGGUGAACCAGGACAGGUCGUUCCAGUGCACCCAGUGCAUGAAGAUCUUCCACCAGGCAACGGACUUGCUGGAACACCAGUGCGUUCAGGUGGAGCAGAAGCCAUUUGUGUGUGGGGUGUGUAAGAUGGGCUUCUCCCUGCUCACCUCCUUAGCCCAUCACCACACGUCCCACAACAGCACCAACCCGAUGAAAUGUUCGAUAUGCGAGAAGACCUACCGGCCGGGCUCUUCCGGCAACAUCACGCCCAACUCCACUAACGCCCAGCAGCCUACCAGCGACGGGGCGUCGGCGAGCAGCAGCUCGUCCAUCCUGCCCUUCCCGUCGUCACGGGACCGGCCGUACAAAUGCUCCGUCUGCCAGAAGGGCUUCAGGCACCUGUCGGAACUCACGCGGCACAAGCGGGUGCACACGGGGGAGAAGCCCUUCAAGUGUGACACGUGCGACAAGGCCUUCAGCCAGUCGUCCCACCUGCAGCACCACCAGCGGACACACAGCAGUGAACGCCCGUUCAAGUGUGCCGUAUGCGAGAAGAGCUUCAAGCAUCGCUCCCACCUGGUGCGCCACAUGUACGUGCACUCGGGCGAGCACCUGUUCAAGUGCAACCUGUGCGAGUUGCACUUCAAGGAGUCGUCCGAGCUCCUCCAUCACCCCUGCCACCCGCAGGGCUCCCGCCCAUUCCGCUGCGCGGCGUGCGGCAAGGGCUUCAAGCGGCCGUCGGACCUCCGGCAGCACGAGCGCACGCACUCGGAGGAGCGGCCCUUCCACUGCGACGAGUGCCAGAUGAGCUUCAAGCAGCAGUACGCGCUGGUGCGCCACCGCCGCACGCACAAGGACCCGAGCGACCGGCCGUUCAAAUGCAACUUGUGCGACAAGGGCUUCAUGCAGCCCUCGCACCUCCUCUACCACCAGCACGUCCACGGCAUGGACAACCUGUUCAAGUGCGCCUCGUGCCAGAAGGAGUUCAGCCAGUCGGGGGAGCUGCUCCGGCACAAGUGCGGCGAGCCGUCCAACUCGUCGCCGGACAAGCCCUACAAGUGCGACGUUUGUGGCAAGGGCUACAAGAAGAGCUCCACGCUGCAGCGUCACCAGAACUCCCACUGCCAGGAGAAGCCCCUGAAGUGCUCGCUGUGCGACCGGCGCUUCCUCUCCUCCUCGGAGUUCGUCCAGCAUCGCUGCGACCCGUUGCGGGAAAAGCCGCUGAAGUGCCCCGAAUGCGAGAAGCGCUUCAAAUACUCGUCGGACUUGAACCGCCACCGGCGGGUGCACACGGGGGAGAAGCCGUACAAAUGCGACCACUGCAACAAGGGCUUCAAGCAGCGCGAGCACAUGACCAAACACCAGAACACGCACUCCAGGGAGGGCCAGUUCAAGUGCGUUUGGUGCGGCGAGCGUUUCAGUGACUUGGGCUCUUUGCAGGAUCACACGGUGCAGCACACAGCCCAAGGAGGGGGCUGCCCGGUGCCCCAGUGCUUAUAAAUGCUUUUAAAGACUUUGGAACAGACAGUCGCCCGUAACCUCCUGUCCUCUUGUCCAUCCGUUGUAGGCUGUAGAUUCAGCCUCUCCACGUUUGCCCGUACAGGCUGUUCUCAUUGCAUUCAGUCACACCAGGUGAACAUCACAUUGUUGUUGCUUUGCUAAGCUGCCCUGAGCAUUUAAGUACUGUGACCAUGUCAUUCCCGAAGACCCAGAGCUACACUUUGCCUUUUCUUUUCCUGCUCAUUUCUGCCUCUCGUUUUAUUUAAAUUUUUUUCAACAGGAGCAAGUAUGUUUAAAGGUGUACUUAAUGAAUCUGUAUCCAUCUUAGCUGACUCGGACAGGGACUGUCUUUGCUGCUACAGGGUUUCUUUCCUUGUUUUACUUUACUCCCUCUUCAUGCCUGAUGACAUUGCUUGUCCUGUCCCGCUCUUGUUCUUCCUCUCACUUUUACUUUGUUUUGAUUGCUCCCCCUCCUCCUGUCGCUGUCAGCGAUUGUUUUGACUAAACCCCUCAGACACACACGUACUCACAUUCAUUAAAUCAGGUUCCUCCCCCUCCCAGUAAUACAGAAAGUCUGUCUCACCCGUCAAUAUAGACAAAUAUUAAAGAAAAUAUAUAAAUAUAUCUACUUCAAACUGAUAUAAUGGGCAUAUUCCUGCAUGUGUCAAUGCUGCUGUUCUAAUUUGUUUUGAAUGUGUCCAAUUUGGAACAUUACAGUCCAGCUCUCAACCUGUACAUACUGUGUGUGUGUGUGUGCGCGUGCGUGUGUAUAUAGUCAAAGGUGUUUCUUAAAAUCAAUAUGUGAGAACCGUUUUUGUAUUCUUGCAAUUUUCAACCACGUAAAAUGUUUUUGACAGAUGUCCUUAUUUUUGAGUAGUUCAUGUAAUGAUUGUAUCUGUGUGUUGCAGGGAAUAUCAAAGAGCAACGUGUGUGUGUGUGUGAGAAAAUUCUUAUUGUGUCAAACAGGGAACUUUAGACUGUAGAGAAUUGCAUUAGAAAUGUUUAUGCAGACCUGCGUCCCUUUUUUAUACACUUUCUUUGUUUUUCAUUCAGCUGUUUUUGCAGAAAGAGCCUGUGUUCAAAGUUUCAGAUUUUUAAAAAGAAUACAAACAAUGUUUCUCCUGUUUCGUGCUGAGCUCCACUCUGUCACAAUGGGCCUUCAUUGGGUUUUUCUACCGGAGUGAAUGAAGACCUUCCUCUCCUUCUGAAUGCUAUGAGAUUGUAGUUGCGCUUGAGAAGCCAAGCGAACACAUUGGUUCACAUGAUUGUGGUUCCUUUGGGUGCCAUAUUGAAUAGAAAUGAAGGAGGCCAAGGGGACUGCAGUGUUUCCUUUUUAUUCUGGCACUCACUUUUCUUUUUGUCUUUAGCCUUAAACACUUUCCCUCUUUCUCCUCUUCUGCUUUCUGUCCCUGUCCGUCAUCAUACGAGGUCAGGUGGUAACUCUCAUUGGCCACCAUAUUUUUUUUUUGAACCUGGCAUUGUGAAACUGAGAACAACUUAAGGAAGUGCUGUUUUUUAUGGUUUCUCAUUUGUUUGUAUUCUUUUUGUUAUUAAUCUAUCAAUUUGUAUGAAAAUGUGUAUUCGGAGGAGAGACCAGGGCGCCGCUGGGGAAGGGAAGAUGAGUUGGUUUUUAUUUUGAACAUCUUGUUGCUCAGCUUACACUAUCUAUGAUUGUUUUGUUUUUUCCAAAGCCAAAUCACAGUCAAAACAUGAAUUCCUUAGUGGUAGUGUAAACGUGUAAUCAUACAACACACAUAAGGAAUCAAUAAGGCUAGUUUCAUAUUUUCCAAGAAAUACAAGUGCCCAAGAACUUGAUGUCACCCGAUGUGUACGAUAAUAGAAAAGAUAAUUGCUCAUGCAGCAACGUUAACGGAAAGUGAGGAACACGGCAAAGCAUCUUGAUCAAUCCCAGGCUUUGAUCAGUCAGGGAAAGCAGAGGAAUGUAUUCUGUAUAAGCACAAAUAAAAGUAUUGUCUCUGACCUUCCCAGUUACAUUGCAUAACCCCGUCAGACCCUGGUGUCUCCCGCUCUCUGCAUGCUUGCUGUGUUAGAUCCUGUGUUCUGUCCCUGGGAGUUGGUGCCUCCUCCUCCUCCUCGUCCUCGUCCCUUCCCAAGCCCUUUUUUCAAAUUGUAUUGUAGUUCAUAUGAAUGAUGUUAGGAGAGGAAAAGAAAAAGAAAAAGAAACGUGGUGCCGCACAGUAUGUCUACAUUCAUGCUGAGAUUAUCUGUAUGUAUGUAGCAUUUGAUUACACAGCACUAACACAUAAAACUUUUUUUCAUCUAUAAA